CUGCAUGGUAAUGCCAGCAGGUGUAGAGCGUGCUCUGCUAAUCAUCCGCAAGAUGGCGGCGACGAGCUUCCCCUCCAGUCGGUCCGGGACAGCGAAGACCGGGCCAAGAAAGCCAGAGGAAAGCACCAGCAUCCCAGCCUCAGUCCCAACAGCUCCUCCAUCUGCACAGCGGAGCUGGACGGGCCAGCCACCAUGUGGAGAGCACUGCUAUUUCAACUCGUUUUCGUUCUCAUAUACUGUGUUAGAUGGAGCCACACAGAGGGAUGUGAGUUGGGGCAGUUCCGCUGUGGGACAGGCCGAUGUAUACCAGGUGAAUGGCACUGUGAUGGCACAUCAGACUGUGUGGAUGACUCCGAUGAACACGACUGCCCUCAGGUAACAUGCGAUGACAGUCAUUUCCAGUGUCUGAGUGAUGGCGAAUGUAUCCCAGAUGUAUGGGUGUGCGAUGAUGAGGAAGACUGUGAAGAUGGCUCUGAUGAGAGGCAGCACUGUCCUGGCAGGACGUGCACUAGUGGUCAGUUCAGCUGCAGUAAUGGGGCUUGCAUCCCAGGAGAAUACCUAUGUGACCACCUGGCAGACUGCUCAGAUGGAUCUGAUGAGAAAAACUGCCAUUACCCUGAAUGUACACAGCUGAGGUGUGCUAAUGGGGCUUGCUACAACCGGACGCAGCGAUGUGACCACAUACUUGACUGCCGCGAUGGCUCUGAUGAGGCAAAUUGCACACAGCACUGCAACGCGGGCCUGUUUCAAUGUCAUAAUGGACUGUGUGUUCCUCACCGCUACGUCUGUGACCAUGACGAUGACUGUGGAGAUCGAAGUGACGAGCUAAACUGCACAUAUCCCACAUGCAGAGGAAACUACUUCACUUGUCCCAGUGGUCGCUGUAUCCACCAAGUCUGGCUUUGUGAUGGAGAAGAUGAUUGUGAGGAUAAUGCAGAUGAAAAAGGCUGUGAUAAUGUUCCACGGGAGUGUUACCCAGGGGAAUGGCCCUGCCCCUCCAGUGGUCUGUGUAUCCCUAUGGAUAAGCUGUGUGAUGGGAAGACUGACUGUCCUGAGGGAGACGAUGAAACUAACACCACAGCUGGGCACAACUGCAGUAUUUGGAGAUGUGCCUCGCUUAGUUGUGAGCAUCGCUGUCAUGCUUCCCCCGAUGGAGGAACUUGUUCCUGUCCUUCUGGAUAUAUUGUUAGCAGCAAUGAUAGUCGCUCAUGUACAGAUUUUGAUGACUGCUCUAUUUGGGGCAUGUGUGACCAACUGUGUGAGGACCGGAUAGGCUCCCAUCACUGCAGCUGUCGGGAGGGCUACGUUCUAGAGCAACACAGAUAUUGUAGAGCUGACACCUCAACUGGCGUGCCUUCCUUAAUAUUUUCUAAUGGCAGAGACUUACUAAAGGGUGACAUCCAUGGGAACAAUCUACAAACUCUGGUUAAUUCACAGAAUAGAGGAAUUGCAGUGGGGGUUGACUUCCACUACAAUCUUCAAAUGAUCUUCUGGACAGAUACCAUCCAAAAUAAGGUGUUUUCUGUGCAUAUGGAUGGCUCAAACGUCCAGGUGGUUUUGAAUGUAUCAGUUGACUACCCUGAGAAUUUGGCGGUGGACUGGGUGAACAAUAAACUGUAUGUAGUGGAGGCCAGCGUCAACAGGAUUGACAUGGUGGACUUUGAUGGAAGUAACCGGGUCACACUCAUCACUGAAAACCUUGGAAACCCUAGAGGACUGGCAGUAGACCCCACUGUUGGGUAUAUGUUUUUCUCAGAUUGGGAGGCAACAAAUGGACAACCAGGCCUUGAGCGGGCCUUCAUGGACGGUACCAAUCGCUAUGGCAUUAUUGGGACUAAACUGGGAUGGCCAGCUGGAAUAACACUAGACAUAGAGGCUAAGCGUGUCUACUGGGUUGACAGUCGCUAUGACUACAUUGAAACUGCAACAUAUGAUGGUCUGCACAGAAAAACUGUGGUACAUGGAGGAAGUGUGGUCCCACAUCCAUUUGGUAUCAGUCUGUUUGAGCACAAUGUUUAUUUUACUGACUGGACCAAGAUGGCUGUAAUGAAAGCCAAUAAGUUCACUGACAGCAGUCCUCAAGUGGUCUACAGAACAUCUCAGACUCCACAUGGAGUGGCAGUGAUACAUCAGCUGAAACAGCCUCAAGUACCAAACCCUUGCAGUGCAGACAAAGGUGGAUGUGAGCAGAUCUGUGUUCUGAGUCAUAGGAGUGACAAUGGAGGACUUGGUUACCGCUGUAAAUGUCGCAUGGGCUACGACCUUCAUGCUGAUGGCAAACGAUGUUUGGCUGUGAGGCAGUUUUUGCUGUUCUCCAGCCAGCUGGCCAUAAGAGGGAUCCCCUUUAACCUUUCCUCUCAGGAGGACAUCAUCCUGCCUGUCACUGGAUCGCCCUCAUACUUCGUUGGAGUGGAUUUUAGUGCUGAGGAUGAUGCUAUCUUCUUCUCUGACACAGCCAAAGAUAUUAUUUAUAAACAGAAAGUGGAUGGGACAGGCAGGGAGGUGCUGGCAGCCAACAGAGUGGAUGGAGUGGAAGAUCUGGCUUAUGACUGGAUUUCAAAAAAUCUCUAUUGGACUGACCCUCGUUACAGGAGCAUAUCUGUCAUGAAGCUCACUGAUAAGUCCAGGAGGGCCAUUAUACGCAACCUUAACAACCCAAGGGCCAUUGUAGUGCAUCCUCUUAUUGGUUAUAUCUUUUGGACGGACUGGUACCGGCCAGCAAAGAUCAUGAGAGCUUGGGGUGACGGGUCACAUGCCAGUUCUAUUGUUAACACCACUCUUGGCUGGCCAAAUGGUCUUGCCAUCGACUGGAGCUCAAUGCGCCUAUAUUGGGUUGAUGCUUUCUUUGACAAAAUUGAGCACAGCAAUUUUGAUGGACAGAGAAGGCUUUCUUUGGAUCGCAUAACCCAAAUCUCCCAUCCGUUUGGCCUCACCAUAUUUGAAGGAUAUGCAUAUUUCACUGACUGGCGGCUGGGUGGCAUCGUGCGUGUGCGCAAGUCUGAUGGCGGGGAGAUGGUCAUUAUCAGGAGAGGAAUCAGCCACAUCAUGCAUGUCAAGUCUUUCAACUCCAACUCUCAGAUAGGUUCCAACUUCUGCAACAGGCAGACAAAUCCUAAUGGAGACUGUAGCCACUUCUGCUUCCCUGCACCAGACUCUCAGAGGGUGUGUGGCUGCCCAUAUGGCAUGAAGCUGUCAGCCAACCAGCAGACAUGUGUGGAGGACCCUUCCAACGAACCACCCACACUGCAAUGUGGAGCCAACUCUUUCUCCUGUGACAAUGGAAAAUGUGUCCCAAACAGCUACAGAUGUGAUGGUGUUGAUGACUGCCAUGACAACAGUGACGAAGUCAACUGUGGAAUUAACAACUCAACUUGUUCACCAUCGGCCUUCACCUGUUCCAAUCAGCGCUGUGUUCCCGCAGGAUGGCGCUGUGAUGGGCACAAUGACUGUUUUGAUAACAGUGAUGAGAUAAACUGCCCGACACAGGUGCCUGGAACUUGUCCUGCCAAUCAGUUUACUUGUGCCAACCACCGUUGUAUCCCCCAUACCUGGCGUUGUGAUACGGAUAAUGACUGUGGGGACAGUUCAGAUGAAGCCAACUGUUCAGAUCUGGGGGGUACAUGUCAUCCAGGCCAGUUUCAGUGUCCUGACCACCGUUGCCUAGACCCUAAUUAUGUUUGUGAUGGCGACAGAGACUGUGUUGAUGGAGCAGAUGAGCAGGGAUGCAUCUACAACUGCACUGCCAGUGAGUUCAAGUGUGCAAGUGGUCAUCAGUGUAUCAAUUCAUUCUACCGAUGUGAUGGCGUCUUCGACUGCAGUGAUCGCUCCGAUGAGCGAAACUGUCCCACUAGGCCCCCAGGAAUGUGCCACCACGAAAGUGAGUUUCAGUGUCAGUCCGAUGGGAGCUGUGUCCCAUCGACGUGGGAGUGUGAUGGCCACCCAGACUGUGAGGAUGGCAGCGAUGAACACCACGCCUGCCCACCUCGCACCUGCCCCUCCACACUUUUCCGCUGUGAUAAUGGGAAUUGUGUGUUACGCAGCUGGAUUUGUGAUGGAGACAAUGACUGCAGGGACAUGAGUGAUGAAAAAGACUGUCCCACACCCCCUUUCAGAUGCCCGAGUUGGCAGUGGCAGUGCCCUGGCCACAGUGUUUGCAUCAACCUCACAACAGUGUGUGAUAACACUCCUGACUGCCCUAAUGGUGCCGAUGAGUCUCCACUUUGCAAUGAACCUUUACCAGAUCAGGAGAGCUGUUCUGACAACAAUGCCGGCUGCACACAUGGUUGUAUCCAAGGGCCAUUUGGGGCCCAGUGCACAUGCCCUGUGGGUUACCAACUCAGCAAUGACUCCAAAACCUGUGAGGAUAUGGACGAGUGUAUUCCUCCUGGACUGUGUAGCCAGCACUGCUUUAAUGAGAGAGGCUCUUUCCGGUGUCACUGCCAGAGUGGUUACACUCUCGAAGCAGACCAGCGCACCUGCAAGGCCUCAGAUUAUCGACAAGCAUUCCUGUUAGUGGCCAGUCGGAAUCAGAUUGUACAAGAUGACAUAACAGCGCAACCUAACGUGGUUCGUUCAGUGGUUCGAGAUGGACGCAGCAUUGUGGCCCUUGAUUUUGACUCUGCCACAGACCGAGUAUACUGGUCUGACACUAGCCAGGACAGAAUCUGGAGCUCUCACAUGAAUGGCAGCGAUAGAACUGUGAUAUUUGACAGCGGGGUGACCGUGACUGAAAGCCUUGCUGUGGACUGGGUGGGAAGGAACUUAUACUGGACUGACUAUGUCCUGGAGACAAUCGAAGUAUCUAAACUGGAUGGCACCCACCGGACCGUAUUAGUCAGUGAGAAUGUCACGAACCCUCGAGGUCUUGUUCUGGACCCAAGAGACAGUGCCCACUUGAUUUUUUGGUCUGACUGGGGCAGGAACCCGCGCAUUGAGCGGGCCAGCAUGGAUGGGAAACUGAGGACUGUGAUCAUUAACAGCAAACUGUACUGGCCUAAUGGUCUAACCAUUGACUAUCCAAAUAAUUUGCUGUACUUUGCCGACGCCUACUUGGAUUUCAUCGACUACUGUGAUUAUAAUGGCAACAACCGGAAACAGGUUUUAGCCAGUGACCUGGUACUGCAACACCCCCACGCAAUUACCAUUUUUGAGGAUUUUGUCUAUUGGACCGACAGAUACAUCAACCGAGUGAUGAGAGCUCAUAAAUGGCAUGGGGAGAACCAGACAGUGAUGCUGUUCAACCUCCCUCAGCCCAUGGGUCUGGCGGCAGUUCAUCCAGCUAGGCAGCCUGCAGGGCAAAAUUACUGCCUGAGGAGCCCCUGUACUCAUAUCUGCUUACUCUCUGCUGUGGGACCAAGAUACUACUCAUGCGCCUGCCCCUCUGGCUGGACACUGGCAGCAGACCAGUUCACCUGCACCAGAGUUGAGGAUCCUUUCCUGGUGGUUGUGAGAGACAGCAUCAUCUAUGGUAUUCCCUUGAACCCCGAUGACAAGAGCAAUGAUGCCAUGGUUCCCAUUGCUGGCCUUCAAAAUGGCUAUGAUGUUGACUUUGAUGACAAUGAACAAACCAUCUACUGGGUGGAGCAUCCAGGUGAAAUCCACAAGGUGAGAUCAGAUGGUACUAACAGGACAGAGUUUGCCCCUGCAGCCAUUCUUGGCUCCCCUGUAGGCUUGGCUUUGGACUGGAUGUCACAGAACCUGUACUACACCAAUCCAGCUACACAGUCUAUUGAGGUUUUAAAGUUGAGUGGGGAUGUUCAGUACAGGAAAACUCUAAUCACAAAUAAUGGCUCAGCAACUGGAGCAGGCAGUCCUGUUGGCAUUGCAGUGGAUCCAGCACGUGGAAAAUUAUACUGGACUGACCAGGGAACAGAGAGUGGUAUUCCUGCAAAGGUGGCAUCAGCAGACAUGGAUGGUUUAAACCCUGUCAACCUGUUCACCAACAAUCUUGAUCACAUUGAGUUUCUCACUGUGGACAUCCAAGAGCGCAAGCUGUACUGGGUUGUGACAAGCACUGGCAAGAUUGAGCGUGGUGAUGUUGAUGGAAGCAACCGUAUCACCCUAGUAACAGGCCUGUCUCACCCCUGGGGUGUGGCAAUCUACCAGAACUACCUCUACUUCACUGACCGUGACUUUGAAGUGAUAGAACGCGUGGACAAGUCCACAGGUGCCAAUAAAGUUGUGCUGCGAGACAAUGUGUCUGGCCUAAGAGUCCUCAAAGUUCAUUUUCGAGACAGAUCUGCAGGUACAUCUAAUGGCUGUUCAGACAACAUGGGAGUAUGUGAGCAGCUUUGUCUACCUUCCCCACAGCGCCUUUUCACUUGCGCAUGUGCAACAGGUUUUAAACUUAACGCAGACAAUAGGACUUGUGCUCCCUACCAGUCCUAUGUUGUCAUCUCCACGCUAUCUGCAAUCAAAGGCUUCAGUUUGGAAGGGUCAGAUCACUCUGAGGCAAUGGUACCUGUGGCUGGGAGAGGCCGUAAUGCUUUACAUAUUGACGUGCACAUGGCUUCUGGCUUCAUCUACUGGUGUGACUUUAGCAGCACGGUGGCGACACAGAAUGGGGUCAGACGGAUAAAGCCGGAUGGCUCCGGAUUACGUAGCAUUGUGACAUCUGGAAUAGGACGAAACGGGAUAAGAGGAAUUGCUGUAGACUGGGCUGCAGGUAAUAUGUAUUUUACCAACGCCUUCCUGACAGAGACGUAUGUUGAGGUGCUUCGCCUCAACACAACUUUCCGCAGGGUGCUGCUGAAAACCCAGGUGGACAUGCCACGCCACCUUGUCGUUGACCCCAGAAACAGAUAUUUAUUUUGGGCUGAUUAUGGUCAGAACCCCAAAAUCGAACGAGCACUAUUGGAUGGAAGUAACCGUACAAUUUUAGUUUCUUCUGGGAUUAUUACUCCACGUGGCCUUGCUCUAGACUGGCAAACUGGCUAUGUCUACUGGGUCGAUGACUCCCUGGAUAUGAUUGCUCGUAUCAACCCCAAUGGAGGGGAGACAGAGAUUGUUAGGUAUGGCAGCCGGUACCCUACUCCUUAUGGAAUCACAGUGUUUGAGAAUAGCAUAAUUUGGGUGGACAGAAACCUCAAGAAGGUUUUCCAGGCAAGUAAAGAGCCAGGAAACACAGAACCACCUGCUGUGAUCAGAGACAAUAUCAACAUGUUGAGGGACAUUGCUAUCUUUGACAAGCAUACCCAGCCCACCAGCCCACAAGAGCUAAACCACAACCCCUGCAUGGAAACAAAUGGAGGCUGUGCCCACUUCUGCUUCGCCCUAAAAGAUUCUGGCACAGGCACCCAAAAUAAAAAAUGCAGCUGUGCUUUUGGGAAUCUUGCUGCUGAUAAAGAGAGCUGUGUGGUGUCAAGGGAUGAUUACCUCAUCUACACUACUGAGAGCACAGUGCGUAGCUUGCGACUUGAUCCUGAGGACCACGCUGUGCCUUUCCCUGUUGUCAAUGUGCCUCGAACCUCUGUGGCUCUGGAUUUUGAUCUCACAGACCAAAGGAUCUAUUUCACACAGAGCUCAGGCGCUGGAGCAAGCAAGAUCAGCUACAUCAGCCUGGCCUCUCCCACUUCAGCUCCUGUCAUUGUGGCAUCUGAUCUUGGGGCUCCUGAUGGCAUUGCAUAUGACUGGAUAAACAAAAGAAUUUACUACAGCGACUAUGUAAACCAGACCAUCAGUUCUAUGUCUGUGGAUGGAGCUCAGAGAACAAUCAUCGCUCAUGUCUCCCGACCGAGAGCAAUCAUGUUGGAUCCCUGCAGAGGAUACAUGUAUUGGACAGACUGGGGAACUCAUGCAAAGAUUGAGCGAGCCACCUUAGGUGGAAACUUCAGAGCAGAGAUUGUAAACAGCAGUCUGGUGUGGCCCAAUGGCCUUACACUGGACUAUGCCGAGGAGAGGCUCUACUGGGCUGAUGCUAGCUUACAGAAGAUUGAACGAUCCUCUCUUACGGGGUCCAAUCGUGAGGUCAUUGUCAGCACAGCCAUCUACCCAUUUGCCAUGACCAUGUUCGGGCAGUUCAUCUACUGGACUGAUUGGAAUACCCGAAGCAUCUAUCGGGCCAACAAGCACGAUGGUUCUGACCAAAAGGUCAUGAUUCAGAACCUUCCUUCUCGACCAAUGGACAUCCAUGUAUUGGCCAGCAGGAAACAGCAACAGUGUGAUAGCCCCUGCCAGCAAUUUAAUGGAGGCUGCAGCCACAUCUGCACAGCAGGACCCAAUGGAGCUGAGUGUCAAUGCCCAUCAGAGGGUCGCUGGUACCUGGCUGACAACAAGCACUGUAUCCCUGAUAAUGGGACUCGCUGCCCGGCAGGCCAGUUCACCUGUUUGAAUGGUCGCUGCAUUCGAGCCCAGUGGAAAUGUGACAAUGACAAUGACUGCGGAGAUGGCAGUGAUGAGCUGGAAAGAGUUUGUGCCUUCCACACCUGUGAGCCCACAGUGUUUACUUGCGGAAAUGGUCGAUGUGUUCCCUACCACUACCGGUGCGACCAUUAUGAUGACUGUGGAGAUAACAGUGAUGAAGUGGGCUGCCAGUUUAGACUCUGUGACCCAAACACAGAGUUCACCUGUAACAAUAGGCGAUGUAUUGCAAAGGAAUAUGUUUGCAAUGGCAUCAACAACUGCUACGACAAUGGGACCUCCGAUGAGCAAAACUGCCCGGAGAGAACCUGCCAACCAGAGCAAACAAAGUGUCAGUCUACCAACAUUUGUAUUCCACGUUCAUACCUGUGCGAUGGAGACAAUGACUGUGGGGAUAUGAGUGAUGAGAGCCCUACACACUGUGCUGAAUCCACUUGUGCCCAGAGUGAGUUCCGUUGCUCCAGUGGCCGCUGCAUCCCUGGCCACUGGUACUGUGAUGGAGGCUCUGACUGCUCUGAUGGAUCGGAUGAACCACUCUCCUGCACCACACUAGUCAGGACUUGCAAUCCAGACCAAUUUCGAUGCGAUGAUGGCAGGUGCAUUGCCUUGUCUUGGAUCUGUGACGGGGACAAUGACUGUGGUGACAUGAGUGACGAAGACCAGAGGCACAGUUGUGCCAAUCGCACAUGUUCAAGCACAGAAUUCACUUGUGUGAACAACCAACCACCUCAGCGGAAAUGUAUUCCCCAAGACUGGGUGUGUGAUGGGGACGCAGACUGUUCAGAUGCUUUAGAUGAGCAUCAAAACUGCACACACAGAUCAUGUGGCGUCAAUGAGUUCACCUGCAGUAAUGGUCUCUGCAUUCGAAGCUCCUACAGGUGUGAUCGUCGUAAUGACUGUGGAGACAGCAGUGAUGAGCAAGGCUGCACAUACCAGCCAUGCCAAUCACACCAGUUCACGUGUCAGAAUGGCCGCUGCGUGUCCCCUAACUUUGUCUGUGAUGGUGACAAUGACUGUGGGGAUGAGUCUGAUGAGCACAUGUGUCACACACCAGCGCCUACAUGCGCCCCAGGAGAGUUUAAAUGUGAAAAUGGACACUGUAUCCCCCUGAGCCAAGUGUGUGACAGAAACGAUGACUGUUCAGACAAUAGUGAUGAGAAAGGAUGUGGGAUCAACGAAUGCACAGACCCAUCCAUUCACCACUGCGAUCACAACUGCACUGAUACACCUACAAGCUUUGUCUGCACUUGUCGACCCGGCUACCGCCUCAUGUCUGACAGUAAAACAUGUGAUGAUGUCAACGAGUGUGAUGAGACACCCAGUGUGUGCAGUCAGAUCUGUGAGAACACAGUCGGCUCCUACAUGUGCAAAUGUGCUCCAGGAUUCCUUCGAGAGCCAGAUGGACGAAGCUGUCGUCAGAACAGCAACAUCUUGCCCUACCUCAUUUUCAGCAACCGCUACUAUCUAAGGAAUCUGUCAGCAGAUGGGCAGGCCUAUUCUCUCAUUUUGCAGGGCCUGACAAGUGUCGUUGCUUUGGACUUUGAUCGCGUCGACAAGCGCCUCUAUUGGAUUGAUGUGAGCCGCAGAGUGAUUGAAAGGAUGUCCUUUAAUGCCAGUAACAGAGAGGUGGUGGUCAGUGGAGUUCUGCAUGGGGAGGGCCUUGCAGUUGAUUGGAUUGCCAGAAAGCUCUACUGGGUGGACAGCUUCUUGGAUUGUCUAAAAGUGUCUGAACUGGAUGGUCGCUUUGUGAGGAAACUGGCAGAACUCUGUGUUGAUGACAAUAACACCUAUUGCUUUGAAAACCCCAGAGGCAUUGUUGUGCAUCCCAAAUAUGGAUAUGUAUUCUGGACAGACUGGGGAGACAAAGCAUUUAUUGGUCGUGUUGGAAUGGAUGGGACCAACAAAGAAGCCAUUAUCACCACAAAAAUUGAGUGGCCCAACGGUAUCACAGUUGACUAUACCAAUGACAAACUCUACUGGUCUGACGCACAUCUCAAUUACAUUGAAUACUCUGACUUGGACGGUCAGCACAGACACACAGUAUAUGAUGGAAAUCUACCGCACCCGUUUGCACUGACUGUGUUUGAGGACUUUGUAUAUUGGACUGACUGGAACACUCGCACAGUAGAGAAAGGCAACAAAUAUGAUGGCUCCGGCCGUGAAGCCCUAGUUAACACCACACACAGACCGUUUGACAUUCAUGUAUGUCAUCCCUACAGACAGCCUAUUGUAAAUAACCCCUGUGCUGUAAACAACGGAGGCUGCUCUCACCUGUGCUUGAUCCGUCAUGGUGGACGAGAACACGUCUGCGAGUGCCCUGAUCAUUUCAUGACUGUCCAGAUCGGAGGUGCAACGCGGUGUCUGCCCAUGUGCACCAGCACUCAGUACAGAUGUGCUAACAAUGAACGUUGUAUUCCUAUCUGGUGGAAAUGUGAUGGUCAGCGGGACUGCAGAGACGGCUCAGAUGAACCCUCCACCUGCCCAAUUCGCCAUUGUAGUCUUGGUCAGUUUCAGUGCAAUGAUGGAAACUGUACCAGUCCACAAUUCCUGUGUAACAGCAACCAGGACUGUCCUGAUGGCUCGGAUGAAGAUGCUGUGCUUUGUGCUACACAUCAGUGUGAAAGCCAUCAGUGGCAGUGCACAAAUAAGCGGUGUAUCCUCGAGUCCUGGCAGUGUGACGGGGAGGAUGACUGUGGGGAUCAGUCAGAUGAAGACCCUUCCCACUGCUCCACUAGGACAUGUCGCCCUGGACAAUUCAAGUGCCGUAAUGGACGCUGCAUCCCACAGAGCUGGAAGUGUGAUGUUGAUGAUGACUGUGGUGACAAUUCAGAUGAACCAUUAGAGGAGUGCAUGGGACCAUCAUAUCGAUGCGACAACCAUACAGAGUUUGACUGUAAGACCAACUACCGCUGUGUGCCUCUGUGGUCUGUUUGCAAUGGCCACAACGACUGCAGGGACAACAGUGAUGAGCAGAGCUGUGAUGAGAUGACUUGUGAUCCCAGCGGAGACUUUCGCUGUGACAACCACCGCUGCAUCCCUCUGAGAUGGAAAUGUGAUGGGGAAGAUGACUGUGGAGACAACUCAGAUGAACGCAGCUGCACGCCACGCUCAUGUACAGAGAGUGAGUUUCGUUGUGACAAUCUGCGCUGCAUUCCCAACCGUUGGGUCUGUGACCAUGACAACGACUGUGAGGACAACUCGGAUGAAAGGGACUGUGAGCUGCGGACUUGUCAUCCUGGCUACUUCCAGUGUGGCAGUGGACACUGCAUUGCUGAACGGUUCAAAUGUGAUGGAAAUGCAGACUGUUUGGACUACACGGAUGAAACAUCAUGUCCAACCCGCUUCCCCAACGGCACAUACUGCCCCCCCUUCCUGUUUGAAUGCAAGAACCACGUUUGUGUCCAGCCUCACUGGAAAUGUGAUGGAGAUAAUGACUGUGGAGACAACUCAGAUGAGGAACUGCAUCUCUGCUUGGACAUAGAAUGUGAGACUCCCUUCCGUUUCCGCUGUGACAACAAUCGUUGCAUCUACAGCCAUGAACUGUGCAACUCUGUUGAUGACUGCGGUGAUGGCUCAGAUGAGAAACAGGAAAACUGUCAAAGCCCAACACAUGGGCCCUGCACAGAUGAGGAGUAUAAGUGCAGUAAUGGACACUGCAUCCCACUUCAGUAUGCCUGUGAUAAUUACGAUGACUGUGGAGACGAGUCAGACGAGCUCGGCUGUCAUCAUGGCAGUGGGCACACAUGCAGUAGCAACCAGUGUGAACACAACUGUACGGACCUAAUAGACGGGGGCUUUCUCUGCUCCUGCAGACCUGGCUACAAGCCCAGAGGCACAGAGAGACACACCUGUGAAGAUGUGGAUGAGUGUGAGGUGCAUGGAAUCUGUCCUCAAGAUUGUAAGAACACAAAGGGGAGCUAUGAGUGUUUUUGUGCUGAAGGCUUUCUGUCUUUCGGUGAGCCACAUGGGACUGAGUGUGCUGCUCAAGGAAACCCACCAGUGCUGCUUCUGCCAGACAACGUUCGCAUCCGUCGUUUCAACCUGUCCUCUGAGCAGUAUUCUGACUAUGUGGACAACGCUGAGCACAUCCAAGCCUUGGAUUACCUGUGGGAUCCAGAGGGUGAAGGCCUCAGUGUAGUUUACUGGACAGUUGCUGGUCGGGGAUCUCAGUUUGGCUCAAUCAAGCGUGCAUACAUGACCACUUUCAAUGAUUAUGGCAACAACCCAGUAAAAGAAGUGGAUCUGAACCUGCGUUACAUCGCCAAUCCUGAUGGCAUUGCUGUAGACUGGGUUGGCAGGCAUAUUUACUGGACAGAUUCAGGAACCAAUCGAAUUGAAGUAGCCAAAUUGGAUGGAAGAUAUAGGAAGUGGUUGAUCCACUCAGAUCUUGAUCAGCCUGCUGCUAUCGUUGUGAAUCCAUCACUGGGGAUGAUGUACUGGACAGACUGGGGGAAGAAUCCUCGGAUAGAGUCAGCAUGGAUGGACGGUCGGCACAGACAGGUUCUGGUGAGAGAAGAGGACCUUGGAUGGCCCACUGGGCUAGCACUGGACUAUGUCAAUGGAAACAGAAUCUACUGGUGUGACUCCAAAGAGAACAUAAUUGAGUCCAUGAAGCCUGACGGCACAGACAGAAAGAUUGUCAUAUCAGGAGAUAUUGGACAUCCCCAUAGUCUUGAUGUCUUUGAGGGUCACGUGUACUGGACAACAAAAGAGAAAGGUGAAGUGUGGAAGACCAACAAGUUUGGGACAGGAAGUAAAGUCAAAGUUUUAACCAUCAACCCCUGGCUUACACAAGUCCGUAUUUAUCAGGAGCACCGGCACAACCAGUCAGUGCCCAACCCUUGCAAAAGUGUGUGCAGUCACCUCUGUCUCCUCCGGCCUGGUGGCUACACCUGCGCCUGCCCACAAGGCUCCUCUUUGAUGAGUGCUGACUCCCACGAAUGUGAUGCAGCCAUUGAGGCUCCUGUUGCAAUGCCCCUUGCAUGUAGAUGCAUGAAUGGUGGAACCUGCUACACUGAUGAAGGGGGUCUGCCCAAGUGCAAAUGUCCGUAUGGCUAUGUGGGCAGUUACUGUGAGAUGGGAAAGUCAAGGGGUGCUCCAGCCGGAACAGCUGUGGCUGUUUUACUGGCUGUCAUCAUCAUCCUGAUUACUGGAGCUUUGGCAGUUGGGGUUUUUCUUAACUACAAACGAACAGGUUCUUUCAUCCCCUCCAUGCCCAAAUUACCCAGCCUCAGCAGCCUGGUGAAGUCAGCUGACACUGGAAACGGGGUAACGUUCCGGUCCGGAGAUAAUGUGGACCUGGGACCCUCACACAUUGGAGUGUCAUUCAUUGACACGGCCAUGCAAAUGGAUGAUCAUUUUGCCACUGAUGCUGGGAGACAGCCAGUCACAUUUGAGAACCCGCUGUAUGCUACUGCUCCUGCAUCCAGUGACCCAGCAGUCAUCCAUGCUACACAGGUCACUGUUGAUGUGACCGGUGAGCAGUUGGAGAACAACUUUGUGAACCCCAUGUACCACGGAGAUCAGACUGCAGGCGCUGUUAAAGCAUCUUCUGUCAGCACUGAACCUGUCCAGGAGUCAAAGUGGAGCUUAUUCAAACGCAAAUUAAAGCCAAGCACCACUUUUGACAACCCUUCGUAUUCAGAGAUGAAGGAUGAAAAGCCUGUCAAAAGCUGCGAGCAGUCUUCUGUCCCCGAGCCGUCUCCGUUUGUCGCCCCUGCCAAACCUCAGAAGAGGGAUCGUCCCAGCACCUUCUCACCAACCGAGGACAGUUUCAAGGAUACAGCCAAUCUUGUUAAAGAGGACAGUGACGUAUAA